UGCUCUGGCCGGUGUCUGUCCCGGGAUGCUCUGGCCCGUGUCUGUCCCGGGAUGCUCUGGCCGGUGUCGGUCCCGGGAUGCUCUGGCCCGUGUCUGUCCCGGGACGCUCCCGCCGUGUCCCGGUCCCCGCGCCCGCUCCCGGCUCCCUCCGCCUCGCCCCGGGGCGAUCCCGCCGGUACCAAUCAAUCAUAUUUGGUCUGAAUCCCAUUGGCUGCCGCGCGGAGGGGCGGGGUCUGCCGGCUAUAUAAUGGACAGGAAGCGGUGUUCCCUCACGCUGUUCCCGCCGUUCGCCCGGCCGGGUCCUGCCAUGGCCGCCGCGCUCCAGCCUCUCCGCGCCCUCAGCCGCGCCGCGCUGGAGCCCCGCGCCCGCCGCCUGCACCUCAGCGCCGCCCGGGGGGACGCCGUGGUGAUCUCGGGGCGGAAGCUGGCCCGGCAGAUCCGGCAGGAAGCGCGGCACGAGGUGCAGCAGUGGGUGGCUGCCGGCAACAGGAGGCCCCACCUGAGCGUGGUGCUGGUGGGGGAAAACCCGGCCAGCCACUCCUACGUCCUCAACAAAACCAAAGCAGCGGCUGAUGUGGGGAUCAGCAGCGAGACCAUCCUCCGGCCGGCCUCCAUCAGCGAGGAGGAGCUGCUGGAGCUGAUCGCCAAACUCAACAGCGACACGGCCGUGGACGGGCUCCUGGUGCAGCUUCCCCUGCCUGAGCACAUCGACGAGCGCCGCGUCUGCAACGCCGUGAGCCCGCACAAGGAUGUGGACGGGUUCCACGUGCUCAACGUGGGCAGGAUGUGCCUGGACCAGCACUCCAUGCUGCCUGCCACGCCCCGGGGCGUCUGGGAGAUCAUCCAGAGGACAGGGAUCCCGACGCUGGGCAGGAACGUGGUGGUGGCGGGCAGGUCCAAGAACGUGGGCAUGCCCAUCGCCAUGCUGCUGCACACCGACGGCAGCCACGAGCGCCCCGGAGGUGACGCCACGGUGACCAUCUCGCACCGCUACACGCCCAAGGAGCAGCUGAAGCAGCACACCAUCCGUGCUGACAUCGUGGUGGCGGCUGCGGGCAUCCCCAACCUGAUCACGGCCGACAUGAUCAAGGAGGGGGCGGCGGUGAUCGACGUGGGCAUCACGCGCGUGCGGGACCCCGUCACCGCCCAGCCCCGCCUCGUGGGGGACGUGGACUUCGAAGGGGUGCGGAAGAAGGCGAGUUACAUCACGCCGGUGCCCGGCGGCGUGGGGCCCAUGACGGUGGCCAUGCUGAUGAAGAACACCAUCAUCGCUGCCAAGAAACUGCUGGAACCCCGCGGGCUCGAGGCUCUGCCUGCCUAAACAGAGCCGGGCUUAGCGAGGAGCCCCUCAGAGCCGGGCUUAGCGAGGAGCCCCUCUGAACACCACCAUCGCUGCCAAGAAACUGCUGGAACCCCGCGAGCUCCGGGCUCUGCCUGCCCAAACAGGAGCCUCUGAGCCGGGCUUAACGAGGAGCCCCUGGGAGCCAGGUUUAACGAGGGCCCCUCAGAGCCAGGCCUAACCACGCCGUUGCAGACUGGCUCCCCGACAGGCCGACAGAAAAUGCAAUAUUGGUUAUUUAUUGUCUUGCACCGGGGGCUUCUCCCCACCGUGAGGUCACAGGUAUUUAUUGGCUGAGCUGGGACUACCCAAACUCCUGCUUGGUUUUAGGGCUGGGAUUAUCCACAUUCCUGCUUUGUUUUUAGGCUGGGAAUACCCAAACUCCUCCUGCUUUUCAUCCAAGCUCCUGCUUUGUUUUGAGCUGGGAUUAUCCAAAAUCCUGCUUUGUUUUGAGCUGGGAUUAUCCACACUCCUGCUUUGGUUUAGAGCUGGGAUGAUCCAAACUCUUGCUUUGUUUUGAGGCUGGGAUUAUCCAGACUCCCGCUUUGUUUUUGAGCUGGGAUUAUCCACACUCCUGCUUUGUAUCCACACUCCUGCUUUGUGUUUGAGCUGGGGUUACCCAGGCUCAGUUUUAUGUUUGAGCUGGGUUUACCCGCCCUGCUCCUGCAGGAGCUGUUCGAUCCCGGCACUCCCACUCCUCUCUGGAGGAAUUACUUGAACAAAAAAACUGAAAUUAAAUUAAAGCCAUACUUUAGUGCUG